UUAGAAAAGUAAAUUAAUUAAUUAUUUGGUAGUUUGUUGCUAAAAAAGCAUAUUGAAAAAUAUAUAACAAAACGAUAUAUCAUUUUUAUAACAUUUUAUUUCAAAUGAGGAAACAUCUAGGCUGAUCAUUUAAAAAAAAAGUUUCUUGAAAAAACGUGUUGUGUCGCGGUUUUAACAUUAUCAGUCUAUUCAAACAUCUUUUGGAUAUCGAAAGCACGUGAUAAAUAUUAAGAUAUGUACAGACAUGGUAAAUAAAUGUCAAAAAUAACAGUGCCAGUGUAAACAAAGCUUAAAAUUUAGUUUUGCAUAUAUGAAAUACUUCAAUGUACUUGAAAAUUUGGGAUGAUAUUUUCUGUUCUUGUUAUGGUAUGUUUGGCUUUUCAAACGGGUUGUUGCGUGUCUUUACCUGAAAAGAUAGACGCAAACAAACAGCAGGAAAUUGUAGAGGAAUUGGUUGGUAGGUCUGAACAAGUCAACAAAGAAGGCAAUCGUCCGCAAGGCAGGGUUAUGUGUAGUAAUGAAGAAAAUUUCGACAGAGGGAGUGGUGAUUGUAAGCCGAUUUUAAUUGCUGCGGAUGGAAAAUGUGCAAAUGAAUACGAGAAUUUUGCUGGUGGAUUAUCUAAAAAUACCCUAACAGUGUCAAAUACAGUGUCCUGUUACCAUGGUGAUAACCACAGUAAGGAAAGUAAUGUUUCCGGUGGUUUAGUAAGCUUGGAAGAACUACCACCCGUGCAUAACUUACCACUCAUGUUACAAACUAUCACGGACACAGAAGUCACUCGCUUGAAUGCUAGCAGGUGUGAACUAUGCCACCACGGUCGCGUCAGAAGAACGUGCAAGUCGUGUAUUAGACCUCCGUCAAGAGGUGGUAGAGAGUUUUUACAUAUACGGUGGACGAAACAUCGACGAACUGUUCCUAUCCAAAAACCUGUCUGUUGAUCGGAGAGGAAAUGUUUUGAGUGAGAUACUAAACUAGAGGGAAUCUCCCGGUCUGUGUUUUACGCGAAAAUGAAUUUUUCAUGUAUAUUUUUUACAGUUUCAUUGUUGGUUAUAGAUUUUUUUAAGUAGAUAUUUAUUAUAAUAAACGUAAUUAAUAAACAGUAAUUUGUGCAGUAAUAGUUUUUUUUAGUAUUUAUUUCUUGUA